UCCCGUGGGUGACGCAUAUAAACACCUACAGAUUAUUUAUUCAACUAUAAAUACACACCUUUGAUGUCAUUUGGCUAGUAAAUCUCAUCAAACAUCGUUGUGAACCUUGCACGAGUUGUCUCAAACUGCUAUUAAUUUCGUGCAUCUUAUCAAUUAGUAUGUUGAAGAAGAGCCUAAUCCUUCAACAGAACUGUCUCCAACACGAGAAUCAAGUCGAUAGUGGCCAUGGUGCAAACUUGGGUGUGCAGUUAGCAAAUUGCAAUAGUUGCGUGGAGGAAAGCCAAUUAUGCAAGUGUGAUCACAUCAAUAAUAUUGAAGAGAGUGCAGUAGCAAGGGACACCAACGUAGAUGCAGAGCAUGAUGCUAAAGCCAAUAGUUCUUUAGCUCAUUCGGUCAUGAAUAUGGUGGGGAUGCUCAUAGGUCUUGGGCAAUUAUCAACUCCAUAUGCUGUAGAACAAGGAGGCUGGGCAUCUGCAAUUUUGCUUAUAGCACUUGGUGUGAUGUGCACUUACACUUGUCAUUUACUUGGGAAAUGUCUAAAAAAGAACCCCAAGUUAAGAAGCUAUGUGGACAUUGGGAACCAUGCAUUUGGAGCAAAAGGAAGAUUCCUAGCUGCAAUACUCAUCUACAUGGACAUCUUCAUGUCCCUUGUUUCCUACACCAUCUCAUUGCAUGACAACUUGACCACAGUGUUGCAUUUGAAGCAGUUGCAUUUGGCUAAGUUAUCUGCUCCACAGAUUCUAACUGUGGGUGCAGUGUUGGUUGCUCUACCUAGCUUGUGGCUCAGAGACCUGUCGUCCAUUUCUUUCCUUUCAAGUGUUGGCGUUCUCAUGUCUGUUGUCAUUUUUGUGUCUGUAGCAGCCACUGCAGUUUUUGGAGGUGUGAGGGUUAAUCAUGAAAUACCCUUCCUCCGGCUCCACAACAUUCCAUCAAUAUCUGGCAUUUACAUCUUCAGUUAUGGAGGGCACAUUGUUUUCCCCAAUUUAUAUAAGGCCAUGAAAGACCCCUCAAAGUUUACCAAGGUUUCUAUUCUGAGUUUCACAACAGUUACUGCACUUUACACCAUAAUGGGGUACAUGGGUGCAAAAAUGUUUGGACCUGAAGUCAAUUCACAAGUAACUCUCAGCAUGCCCUCAAAGCAAAUUGUGACAAAGAUUGCUUUAUGGGCAACCGUGCUCACACCUAUGACCAAAUAUGCACUAGAAUUUGCACCGGUCGCCAUUCAGCUAGAGCAUAAGCUUCCUAGUUCCAUGAGUGGCAGAACCAAAAUGAUACUCAGGGGGAUCAUAGGUUCAUCUUUACUUUUAGUUAUACUAGCCCUUGCUCUGACAGUGCCUUAUUUUGAGCAUGUUCUCAGCCUCACUGGUUCCCUUGUUAGUGUUGCUAUCUCUCUGAUUUUCCCUUGUGCUUUCUACAUAAAGAUUUGUAGGGGACAAAUAUCAAAGCCUCUAUUUGUCCUGAACAUUUCUAUCAUCACAUUUGGGUUUCUUCUAGGGGUGGUGGGCACCAUUUCCAGCUCAAAAUUACUAGUGGAAAAAAUUCUAGCAGCUUAA